AUGCCGCCAUGGUGGAAUGUUCCAACUCCACAACCAAUGUAUACCCAAGCGCCAACUGAGCCUGUACACGACAGAGGAAAUGCAGUUAGACCCCGGGUAGCCCCGUUGGAAAACUCCAACCUAAUGGCAGGACCUGCCCCGGGUACGAACGUUCCACCAGCACAACCCGUAAAUUUGGAAGAAGAUGAACUAACCAAACCAUACAAGCCGGUAGACGCGACGUUCCGGUCCAAAUUCACUCGUAGGAUCGCCGAAGCUCCUAUUAAGGAAAAACCCAAAAUGCCCCAAACGGUCGGCAAGUACGAUGGCCUCACCGAUCCUGACGACCAUCUCAAUUUAUUUAAGAGCGCCGUGGGAGCAGCACGAGUAUGGUGGGACAGCCUGCCCACAGGCGAGAUAAACAGCUUUGAAGAUUUGGAAUCAAAGUUUAUCCUACAGUUUAGUCAGCAGCGCCGACAUAGGAAAGAUAGGAACGAACUCCUUCAUAUUCGUCGCCGAGACAAUGAGAUGGUAGAAAACUUUAUCAUCAGAUUCAACAAAGAAAGCCUGGCGAUCCCAGGCGUCACUAACGAUCUGGCAUGUGGAGCGUUCCUCCAAGGAGUCAACGAAGAUGAGCUACUAAGAACGCUGCAUGGAAGGGAUGGUGUACCCCCAACCAUAGAUGAAAUACUGCGAAUAGCCAAAGUAUAUGUUAUACAAGAAAAAGCGGUAGCAGCCAGUCACGCAGCCAAUAGAAAGAAAGAAGCCCUAAAGAAUCAGGAGGAAAAAUAUCACCGGGGGUCCAAAAGCAAACAUAGGGGGGACCGAUACCAGAGAAACGACAAAGACUCGCGAUAUGACAGACACCGAAGCUCCUAUUCAAGGAACGAGACGUCAAAACCUCGGUGUGAAUAUCCCAACUUAAGCAAGACCCCGGCCGAAAUUCUUGCCUCAGAAAACCUCAGGCUUAAUCCACCAAAGCCGUUGAAAGACAACCCUAACAAGGAUACGAGUAAAUACUGCGAGUACCACAAGGGGAGCGGGCAUGACACCAACGACUGUUUUCAGCUUAAAAAACAGAUCGAAUACUUCGUGAAGUCGGGUAAGUUGGCACACCUAGUGCGAGAUAUCAAGCAAGGCCCGCCUGUGGUCAAGGAGGAGAAUGAUAAAGCGGCAGGCAAAAGGCCGCGCGAAUUGAACAUGGUGCACGCUGACACGGGAAGGGGGGCGAAGCGGAGUUUCUCCACGCUCGAGCCUUGGAUGUUGGCAACAAUGACUAUAGAACCGCGAAUGGAGGAUUUGCAUCUUACCACAGACGCCCUGAUCAUCUCCGCGGCAGUAGGAGACUACCGCAUGAGGCGAAUCCUAGUCGGCACCGGAAGCUCAGAAGACAUUAUCUAUGAACAUUGCUUUAACAGAAUGCAACCAGAGGAUAGGAAGUUGCUUGAAUCAGUACACGCCCCUAUCAAAGGUUUCACAGGGGAAAAGGUUGACCCUAUUGGUCAAAUCACUUUCCCGGUAACCUUCGGGCAACCACCUAAAGAAAGAACCAUACUACUAACUUUCCUUGUAGUCCGCGCUGAGUCAUACCACAAUGUGAUAAUCGGAAGAUUCACCCUGGGGAAAUUGGACGCCAUAGUCUCCACGGCAAGGGGUUUUAUGAAGUUCCCAACACCGCAAGGUAUCGCUACCGUAUUUCGCGAUAAAAUCGGGGAAGUACUAAAUACCAAACGAUGUCGCCAGGGGCCCACUGGGGCCACGGGCCCAGAAAGAUGGGUAUUAAGCACGCGCCAUCCAGACCAAAUGGUCACAAUUGGGGACACUCUGUCACCGGAAGUUGUAAGCGACUUGAAGCAAUUGUUAAAAAGAAACGCGGACAUUUUUGCUUUCGAGCACUCCGAUAUGACGGGAGCCCCCCGUGACAAAGCGGAACACAGGCUCGCCACACUUCCAGGCGUCAAGCCGGUUGCUCAGGGUAAGCGCAGCAUGGCCCCAGACCGCCGGGCGGCGGUCGUUAAAGAAGUACGAAAGUUAGUGGAAGCUGGAAUCCUCAGGGAAACGCAAUACCAUACAUGGGUGUCCAACCCGGUCAUGGUGAAAAAACCAGAUGGCACGUGGCGAAUGUGCAUCGAUUUCAAAGACUUAAACAAGGCGUGCCCAAAAGAUGCGUACCCGUUACCCGAGAUUGAUUUAAAGGUCGACUCCCUGGUACCCUACCGAUUCAAAUGUUUCCUAGACGCGUAUAAAGGGUACCACCAGAUUAAAAUGUCCAAAGAAGAUGAAGAAAAAACAGCGUUUCAUACCGACGUGGGCAUCUUUUGUUAUACCAAGAUGCCUUUUGGGCUACGAAACGCAGGAGCUACCUAUCAAAGGCUCAUGGACAAGGUGUUUGAGGCACAGAUCGGGCGAAAUUUGGAAGUCUAUGUAGACGACCUCGUAAUUAAAAGCAGCGAAGAAAAACAGAUGUUGGCAGAUAUCGAGGAAACUUUCCAGCGGCUCAGAGAAUACAACAUAAAAUUAAAUUCAAAGAAGUGUUCGUUUGGGGUGGAAGAGGGGAAGUUCCUGGGGGUAGUAGUCACCCGAGACGGUUUUAAAGCUAACCCGGAAAAGGUAGCCGCCAUAGCGCGAAUGCCUUCUCCCCGAACGCUGAAAGAAGCUCAAGCCCUAAAUGGACGACUAGUAGCAAUCAACAGGUUCUUAGCAAGGCACGCCGAAAAAUCAUUGCCUUUCAUAAAAACAUUAAAAGAUUGCCUCAACAAGAAGAAUUUCAAAUGGACCAGCGAAGCGGAGCAGGCUCUACAAGAAAUGAAACGUUUUAUAGAAGGGUUACCUACGCUGACAGCGCCAAGGCCCAGUGAAAUAUUAAAAAUGUAUUUAGCGGCAGCUCAUACGGCGGUAAGCGCCGUGCUCAUGGUUGAACGAGAAGGGAAGCAGACACCAAUAUACUACAUAAGCCGGGUGUUAGCGGGGCCUGAAACGCGCUAUCCUACACUGGAAAAGCUAGUUUUAGCAUUAGUACACGCCACAAGGCGACUAAGAAGAUACUUUCAGGCACACCGCGUACAAAUCCUAACCAAUUACCCGCUACAGCAAGUCUUACACAAGCCAGAGGUUUCGGGCAGGUUGGCUAAAUGGGCCAUUGAGCUGGGGGCUUUAGAUAUUGAAUAUCAGAAGCGAACAGCGGUUAAAGGGCAAGUGAUUGCUGAUUUUUUAGCUGAAAUACCGGAAGGAGAAGUCAUUACGGACCCAGUCGUCCAAGAUAUACCAGAGUCCAGCACUACAAGGCAGACUUGGAAGCUAUACACUGAUGGAUCAUCUAGCGGAAAGGGGUCCGGUGCAGGCCUAAUGCUAAUAAGUCCAGAUCAAAUCAGACUAAUGUACGCCUUACGUUUCGAUUUUGAAUGUUCUAAUAAUGAAGCGGAGUACGAGGCAUUAUUGGCAGGUUUACGGAUGGCGAAAUCCAUGGGGGCAGCCAGGGUAGACGCAUACGUCGACUCGUUGCUGGUUAACAAUCAGGUAAACGAAACGUAUGAAGCUAAAGACGAGUCAAUGACGAAAUACCUGGCGAAAACUAAAGAACUCAUGGAUUCCUUUGACAAGGUCACACUCAACCAUGUACAUAGAGGAAAGAAUCAAAUAGCAGACGCCCUGAGCAAACUCGCCACCUCGGGCAUGGAAAAGGAAGUCAAAGUCGAAACGUUACAGACGCCCUCAAUUGAACCACGGAGUGUUUCCGCCAUCACCAUGGAAGAACCUUGCUGGUAUACUCCGAUUCUGCGCUUCCUCGAGACAGGUGAACUACCUCCCGCCAAGGGCGAAGCACAGAAGAUACAAACGAAAGCGCUACAAUAUGAGGUCAAUGAUGGUGUCCUAUACCGAAAAUCUUACUUGGGUCCGUUGCUGCGAUGUGUCUCCCCGGUAGAGGCAAAGUACCUCAUCAGCGAAAUUCACGCGGGUCUAUGCGGCAUACACGCCGGACCUCGAGCAGUGGUGGCCAAAAUCCAUAGCGCGGGAUAUUACUGGCCUGGGAUGCACGAAGACGCUAAAUGGGUCGUGGAUAUCGUAGGACCUUUCCCGCCGGCCCUCGGAAAGUUAAAGUACCUAAUUGUGGCGGUUGAUUACUUCACCAAAUGGGUGGAAGCAAAAUCCUUGGCUAAGAUAACGGCGGAAAAUGCCAAAAAAUUCCUCUGGGAGCACAUAGUGUGCAGGUUCGGGUUACCGCUUUACCUGGUGAGUGACAACGGAACACAGUUCACGGAUAGAAUUUUCCAGGAAUGGUGCACUGAUCUCCACAUCCAGCAGAUUUUUACGUCGGUAGCACACCCCCAAGGUAACGGACAAGUGGAGCGGACGAACAGGAGUUUACUGGAGGGCAUCAAGAAACGACUGGGGCACGAGGGAAGCUCGUGGGUGGAAGAAUUGCCACAUGUCCUUUGGGCACAUAGAACAAUGCCCAAAACUAGCAACAACGAAACCCCAUUCAGCCUUACCUACGGAAUGGAGGCAAUGAUACCUGCUGAAGCAGGGUUACCGUCGUUACGCCGUCUCAACAUAGGCAAUGACAACGACCAAUCUCUGAGAGAAGGCUUGGAUUUGUUGGAAGAAAGGCGUGAGGCAGCCGCCAUCAGUGAAGCACGAUACAAGAAAGCGUUGGAAAAGUAUUAUAACAAACGGGUGCCUAAACAGAGUUUCAAAGCGGGUGAUCGUCAUGCGUGA